AUGUUAGUUAUCAAGCGAAGAAAAAGAACCAAAAAAGACACUUUUGAAGCAGAUACUUUCGCUUAGUGACUGAAAUUUAAUUUUACAGUUAUUGCUUUUUGUUUGACGUCUAGGAAAAAAUAACAGAGUGUUGAAAUGGCUUCAGGAAGUGCGCUGAUCUUUGACGAGGAGAUGAGCCGUUAUAAACUCCUCUGGACAGAUGCGGCGUGUGAGAUCGAGGUGCCCGAGCGGUUAACCGUGUCCUAUGAAGCGCUCAGGACACAUGGUUUGGCUCAGAGGUGUAAAGCGGUGCCUGUCCGCCAGGCCACAGAGCAGGAGAUUUUACUCGCACACAGUGAGGAGUACCUGGAGGCGGUCAAACAGACGCCAGGCAUGAACGUGGAGGAGCUGAUGGCGUUUUCCAAGAAAUACAAUGAUGUCUAUUUUCACCAGAACAUUUAUCACUGUGCAAAGCUGGCGGCAGGAGCAACUCUGCAGCUGGUGGACAGUGUCAUGAAGAGAGAGGUCAGAAACGGCAUGGCGCUGGUCAGGCCUCCAGGACACCACAGUCAGCGCUCUGCUGCCAACGGUUUCUGUGUGUUUAAUAACGUGGCCAUCGCUGCUCUUUAUGCCAAGAAAAACUACAACCUGAGCAGGAUUUUGAUUGUGGACUGGGACGUCCAUCAUGGUCAGGGGAUCCAGUACUGCUUCGAGGAGGACCCAAGUGUGCUUUAUUUUUCCUGGCAUCGCUACGAGCACCAGAGCUUUUGGCCCAAUCUCCCCGAGUCAGACUACACUAGCAUAGGGAAAGGAAAAGGAUCUGGAUUUAACAUCAACCUCCCCUGGAACAAGGUGGGAAUGACCAACAGUGACUAUCUGGCUGCUUUCUUCCACGUUCUUUUACCUGUUGCAUACGAGUUCGAUCCUGAGCUGGUUCUUGUCAGCGCUGGAUUUGAUUCAGCCAUUGGGGACCCAGAAGGUGAAAUGUGUGCUCUUCCUGAAAUCUUUGCACACCUCACUCAUCUGCUGAUGCCUUUGGCUGCAGGAAAAAUGUGUGUCGUUCUGGAGGGAGGAUACAACCUGACCUCUCUUGGCCAGUCAGUUUGCCAAACAGUCCAUAGUCUUCUCGGAGAUCCAACACCGCGAAUUUCUGGACUCAGCGCCGCAUGUGAUAGUGCGCUGGAAUCGAUACAAAAUGUUCGCAAUGUGCAGUCGUCGUACUGGAGCUGUUUUAAACACUUGGCUCAAUCAGAAACGAACCCCAAACGUCCCCGACUGGACGAAACAAAUGGAGGACCAAAAGAGUCUUCAGAACCUGCACCAGAGAGCAAUCCGAAGAAGACGGCGCAGGAUAUAGUGUGGCCCAAGCCUUUAAAAAGGACGCCUGCAUCUGUGCGGACAGUGGUAGCACCUCCUCCUGGUGUGGAGCUCACUCUGCCGAAGGACUGCCAACAUUUGGGGGACAUUUCCAAAAGUACUGCUGAUAAAGUACAACGCAUUCGGGAUGAACAUUUCCAUGACGUAACAGACCAGAACAUCCUCCGUUCUCUUGGAAAUAUUAUUUCAGUUCUUGACCGAAUGAUGAGGAGUGACGAGGUGUGUAACGGAUGUGUUGUGGUGUCAGAUUUGAGUGUUUCUGUUCAGUGUGCUCUUCAACACGCACUAACUGAACGUGCUGACCGGGUGCUGGUUUUUUAUGUUGGAGAUGAGGAUUUACCUGUCAAAACUAAUGAUGGGAAGGUGUUUCUAGUCCAGAUCUGCACUAAAGAAACUGAGGAGAAGUGUGUGAACCGUCUCUCCUUGUGUCUAAAAGAGGGUGAGAGUUUGACUGCAGGUUUAAUGCAGGCUGUUCUGGGCCUGAUUCUGCCAUUGGCGUAUGAGUUUAACCCGGCUUUGGUGUUUGGGAUUGUAGGAGAAACUGGAGCAAAGACUGGUGUGAUGUCAGUCUGGGGUCACAUGACCUGCCUAAUCCAAGGCCUGGCCAGAGGCCGGAUGCUCGCACUACUGCAGGGCUAUGAUAAAGAUCUGCUGGAGCUCACAGUCUCUGCUCUCUCUGGGGCUUCUAUCAGUCCUCUCGGACCCCUGAGGGCCCCAAAACAUGAGGAUGUUGAGAUGAUAGAGAAGCAGAGACAGAGGCUGCAGGAACGCUGGGGUUUACUGCGCUGCACAGUUUCAGGAAGCUGAUGAAGCAGAGGGACACAUUCACUGAGCUGUUCUGGAAAAGCAGCAGUUUUUUGUAAUUUUGUGUGGCAUUAAAGAUGAAUGAAUACAUUUUUAAUCA